CCUUUAAUUUUGACAAGAAUAGGUGGAUUAAAUAAUGAAUAUAGAAGUUUAGAAAUUGACUCCCUCACUGGUUAUUUUUUCAACCAAGCAAAUCAUAAAGGAAAACUUUCACCAGACGAAUUAAAAGUUAUUCAAAAUAUAUUGGAUAAUGAGUCUUUUAAAGCUUUAAAACCAAAAUAUUUAAAUCCAAUGGAUGUGAUGACCUCAUACAGAUACACCAUUUCAUACCAAAAGAAAAGUGUUGGAACCACCAUCGACAUCACCACAGAUUAUCCAAAAUUCCUAGACCCAUUAUUCACAAUUUUUGAACUUUAUUCAUCAUAA